CCUCAGGAGAGACCAUGAUAACUCUCAGCCCGGCUCUCCCCCUGACCGUGGCUCUCUGCACGUUGUCACUGUUGCCUGCUGGUCUUCGCAUUUACAUCAACCCCACCUGGCUCAUUGUGGAGAGUGAAGCUCCUCCUGAAGACCUGAAGCAGCCACCCGUUGAUGCGGAGAGCAUGACCACCGAAUGGGACAGCAGCAUCGACGUUCAGAGCCCCUACGGCUUGGUUAGGAUCAUGAUGGACGCUGUUAUUGAGGGUCUGAGGAAGCUGCCCUUUGUGGGAGAGAGCAUGGUCCCCAAACGGCACAGCAGCACUGGCCCCCGCAGCCCCCAGAGCUGGGUCAGGCUCAGGAAGGACGUCGCUCCUGUGGGCCCGAAGGAACUGCCCGUUGUCGCCAAGAGCGUGGCCUCUGACCCGCCCUACCCUCUGGGCCAGCUUUGGGACUCCCUUGCCCAGGCGGACAGGACCCAGCUGUGUUGCAGGGCCUUGCAAAGCCUGUGGCUGUGCUUCCUGUCUUGGGUUGCACUUCGCCUCUGGAGAAAUGGGAACAGACCCCAGGGACAGGGAAAGGAACGGCCGGCCUCAUCUUCUGUGGGAACAGACUGCUCGGAGGAGGGCACCUUCAGCUCUGAUGAAGCCGUCCACCAGCUGGAGGCCAAAAUCACCCCGCUGGCCAGGUGCACCAGGCUUGUCUACCGCCUCCGCCUGAAAGUGUUCCCGCACCAGCACUCCGAGAAGAAGGCGGAAGGCGAGGCAAGCGGAGGAGAGCCUUCUCUAGCUCCCUGUGCACCUCCACCUAGGGCGUGCUCUCGGCGGAUUGGCAAGAGGAGAUGCAGGGGUGCAAGGUGACAGGCAGCUGGUGCGUUGGGACAUGCCUCAGCCCACCAAAGGCUCCGGGAGUGAGGGCACCUCCACCGACUUCUUCUGCUGGCUGGAGGCCGUUAGCGCCCCGAUGGUCAUGCUCCUGCGGGUGGCCAUGGCCAACGGCCGGCCACGUCCUGGUGGGUCGCCCGUGCCUGUCCAGCACAACAGCCAACGGGUAUUUGCCAACUCCGUUGAGGACCUCUGGGGAGGGUCCCCCUUUUCCGCCCUCCCAAAGGUGCUGCCAGGGCCGACUGGCAUCCAAAGGGCCGGGGCUCAUCUCUGCCUCCCCAGAGGGAACAGCCAAGCAUGCCCGUGCAGCAGAGACGCCUGGGAAACUCGGCAAAACUCCUGCUGGGAGCAGCCUACUUCCUCAAUCUUCUAGCACUGCUCAGAUCAAUAAAGUGCUUUGUUCCUGUA